UCCGUGAUAGCAGUAACUCUCGUAGGCUUCCUAAGGAUAGUCUGUGGAGCUCGAGUCCACCUUACCUUCUUUGAUUCUGUGACUACGAGCACCGUCAAACAACCGAAUGGCGGUCUAGCUGUUUGCUACAUUCCCCACCUUGACCGAUCAGUCAUGUGCCCAAAGCUAAUGCUGAUGGAACGGCCGACUGUCUCGAGAAGCAUAGUGUACAUGGUUCGGUAUGCGAAGACUCCCUUCGGAGAGGCGAACUGGCUCAAUGAGCAAGAGAGAUCUCGGAGGCAUCAGCGGCUAGUGGCGUCGCAUGCACUGCUCCUAGGAGGUGGCAAGGUACAAGGUUAUGGGGUGAGCGCGGAGGUGCGAACAGAUCGUCCGAGCAUUUCCAGGCAAAUCUGCCUGUUACUUCGUGCACCUAACACAAUCACCGCACCACUCCCAACGCCACCUCCAAAACAAGGACUCCAGCUACCAACACACAAGUACCCACACAUCCGCAUCACACGUCUCCGCCGCGGCAAGACUUCAUCCCGCGACUUAGCUGACGCUGACAUAACAUCAGAUGAACAACUGGAAACCUUCCGCGCACCCCGGCGCCAUGUUCGCGCCUACGGGCAACCGUCUCGUGUACGAUCAGGCGAAGCACUCGGUGGGCCCCAACCUGAGCGGCUUCGAGCCUUCCAAGGUCACCCUCGCAAAGAGGAUGAAACGACAGAAGGCGGAACAAGAGAAGAUGGAGCGAAAGAAGGUAGCGGUGAAAGAGGCGGAGAAGGUGUUGGUGAAGAAGGCGACGCCUGCCGUCCCCCAGGGUCAACGAGCGAUACCCGCCGUUUCAUCUUGCAGAGGUGGAGAGGAAGAAGUCAAUUCCUGACGGCUCCAGGGGCGACGAGCAGUACAUGCCGCUCCGUCCUGGAGAGUCGCUGUGGGAUCCGAACAUGGAUCCACGCCGCUACAGCAACCUCUUGCGGGGGCUGGAGCAAACCAUAUACGCGACCGUGGAGGCGAAACAAUUGAACAAAGCAUACAUGCGGGGUUCUGGAGCUGAGACUAGGGCCUCCGGACCGUUUUGUAUCCUUCGACGUCUCAAAGGACUUAGACUUCGCGGCUCACAUUGCAGUGGCCGGUUUCCAACAUAAGAAGACGAGCAUUACGGCUGUGAGCGAAGUC